CAGCUGCAUGCAUGCGUAUCCAUAGGUUAUACUCCAAACCUCGCACACCAAAAGUCAAUUUCAUUUUGUUUAUAUGUCAGGUUAUGGCAACAUAUAUGUAGCUAACAGAGUUUGAGAUUAUUCAAAUCAUAUAUUAAUCGAUGUAUUGGGAUAGAUGCCUACUCUCGCUCUUCAUUUAAGCAAGCAUCUAUUCUCUCACCCCGAAACUUGCUAUUUAGAACCCUUGCAGCGAGGCUUGCGAUGUGGUUUGCUUGCAUGUCUCCACCAAUUCAAAGAUGAGGCCGACUAGAAAUCGCGAGGAACAUGGCAGCGAAAGUCUGGUGAACAGCCAAAGUGCACUCAAGAGUCUGGCGUCUGUGGAGCAACUGUGGGACGAAUGGGAGAUCCACUGCCUGGUCCUCCUAAGCUUGGCCUUGCAAGUCUUCCUCUUCCUCGCAGCGGGCAUCCGGAGACGCAGCGCGUCGCGCGUACUCCACUCGCUCCUAUGGCUUGCCUACGUGUCGGCCGACCUUGUGGCCGUCUUCGUGCUCGGCCAUCUAGCGGUGUCCGGCUGCACGAGCAGGCCGCGGCACGAGCUGAUGCCGUUCUGGGCUCCGUUCGUGCUGGUCCACCUGGGCGGGCAGAGCAGCAUCACGGCCUUCUCCAUGCAGGACAACGAUGAGAGAAACCACGGAUGGUGAUGUAAAUUUGCAUUUGGCUAGCAGGGCCGAGUGGUCCGAGAAGCUAGCUCAGUAUAACAUGUUCGGGCAACAUGCUGCCGCGGAAGACGAUGCUUCUGCUGCUCAAGGAACGGCGGGGUCCGUGCUACGAAGAUGGAUAGAGAAGCCCCUCAAAGCCUGUGGUGUCCAGGCACUCGAUGUGACGCGCAUCGCCCUCCCCGGGGAUCUCAAGGAGUUGGUUCUAGACAAGCUGUUAGACUUGGGAGCAGGCGGGCAGCAAGAUUGGAACUUUGCCAGCACCGGUGGUCUGCUGGCCCUCCAGAAGUGGGCGGGCAACCAUAGAGACUCGGCCUCUGCUCGUCCAGGGACGGCGGCGCUACACCGGAGCAUCGACGCCGCCAUGGAUUUCCAGACGAGCGUGCUCAUCUGGCACAUGGCAACAGAUAUCUGCUACUAUGAAGGAUGCACCCAGUCCAGCAGCAAUCCUGAUAUGAAGGGGAAGAAGAGGAUGUGCAGAGAGGUGUCGAAUUAUAUCAUGUACCUCGUCUUCAAGUGUGGGGUGAUGCUCAAGACCAAUUCACAGCUCUUACAUCGCAAAGCUCACGGCGAACUGGAGGAAGCAAAAAAGGUCCGUAACCUAUCAGGUGUGGCCCAGGAGGGGAACCCUGCCCGGAUGGUAUUCCAGGUCUGGAAACAGACAGGCAGUGGAAUGGACCCGUUGCUCGCCUUUAAUCAUCUUAUGGAUGGACUUGGGGGAAGAGUGGUAAUGGAGAACGAGGAACUCCUCAAAGCAGGGAAAAAUGUCCAUGGCGGUGGACCAGCCGAAGCGGUGGCUCUUCCCCAGGGCAGCAGCGGCCAACAACCGACAGCUCAUAUGCAACUUCUGCAAAGCACAUACGAGGAUCUGGAUUCUGCAGUGACCAAUCGCGCGUGUGAGGUAGCCCAAGAGCUCAUCGCUAUCCAGGAAGAUGAAUGCUGGGAGCUCAUCACCGCUGUGUGGCUGGAGAUGCUUUUCUUCGUCGCGCCUCGCUGCGGUGGUGCUUUCCACAGCCAGCAUCUCAGCACUGGCGGUGAAUUCAUCACCCAUGUCCUGCUGCUAAUGUACUUUCUAGGCCCUUUUCUACCAUCCCGUAGUGAAUAGCUACAUCUGGGUACUGUCAGUAUUGUAUACAUAUCAUUAUUAUUACUAGUAAUGUGCAGGUGCGUUACGCACGUGUUUUGAAAAGAAGAAGA